AUGAACAAAUACGCUGGAGCAAGUCUAGGAAUCCUGGCCACGCUUUCUCCAUAUGUUGAUGGGCCUGGUGGGGAAAUCUUCCGCCCUGUGUCUUAUGUGACACACCGCAUACAUACGGAGCACGUCGUAGAAAAAAUCGACGCAGGGAAGCCCCCAUACCCCAGAUUCCCAAGUGAUCCCAAGGAUCGAGAUGCGAUCACGCAUACCCUUUGGCCGCUAUCGGACUUCUUAAAAUAUGGGUCCAUCAAGUUGACAAUUGACUCCGACAAGUUCCCAAGACGAAGGUUGUCCAAUCAUCAGUCCAUUAUGAGAGCUAGAGGAGCGAUCCCCAUAUUCCUAACCAUGGACACUCCAAAGGUCCCCAAGACUAGCAGCGAGAACGAGUCUCGGAGAACUUCCUUUCCAGCAUCAGGCAAUUCAGUCAACAAAGGAGUUCAGUCGUUCGAGUCAUCCACCAUCCCAGGUGCGAACGGCAUGAUCCCUUCUUUCCCCCAGGCUCCAAUGGGUUGUGAUGAACUCCGCGAGUCUUAA